AUGCAGGCUCUCCUCCCCAGGAGGCUUGAUGAUUUGUGGGAGUUUAUUGCGGGGCAUCCUUUCCAUGAGCGCGUAGUAGAGAGCCUCCAAACUACGGGAUUAUAUACCAUUUUUGAGCAUGGACGGAUGCAGCUUGAUUGGUCGCUCAUCACGGCCUUGGUAGAGCGGUGGCGAUCGGAGACGCAUACAUUUCACUUGCCCACUGGAGAGGCCACCAUCACGCUGCAGGAUGUCCAGGUUUUAUUUGGACUGCGUGUAGAGGGACGCGCCUUCGCACUGCCCCACCACUGGAGAGGGAUGACACGUGCACAGUUGGCGGAUAUGAUGGGGCAGUUGACUGGUUCUAGACCUCAGGGUGACCGGGGUGGCAGUCGCGUUGCUUUGUCAUUCAUUAGAGAUCAGAUGGUGGAUUUGCACCCAGAUAUUACUCAUGAGACGGAGCAUCUUUGGAUUCAGAGGUACACUCGGUUGGCGUUGCUCCUGCUUUUCGGGUGUGUCUUGUUCCCGGACACUUCGGGGAGUAAAGUGAGUAUGCGUUUUCUCCAUUGUCUUGAGCAGCUGGAUGAGCUACCCCAGUAUAGCUGCGGUGCUACUGUUCUGGCGUAUCUGUAUAGGAGCAUGUGCCGGGCAAGCAUAGGUCCAGCGGUUGAUAUAUGUGGUUUUCUGCCCCUCCUACAGCGGAUCAUGCCGUUGCAGCCACCUCUACCACCACUUCCGCUCGGUGAGGAUUAUCCGCUUCUCCCUCUAGCUAUCAGCAUCGAGUUGCUUGGUCAGCUACCCGCUUGUUGCUCAGUCGACCGGCUGAUUUGGAGCACCUCCGUCCCGAUGAUCUUCUGGGAUCACGUUGAGUAUCAUGCCACGGAGCGUGUGCUUCGACAAUUUGGCCUUCCUCAGCCUAUACCGAGGGAGCCUGGAUGGGAGGCUACACACUAUCAGCAGGACGACCGUGCCAGCAUGGACCGACAGUAUAUUGGAUGGCUACAACAGCAGAUAGCUUAUUGGGAGGACCGAGCUGGGCGCAUUCCGCUACCACCUACAGUUUUACAGGAGGCCUCUAUUCAUCUGUAUGCUGAGCGGUACCGCUGUCAGACCCGAAUGAUGAUCGGGAACCCCGUUCAUGUACUUGGCGAGCGCUACAGACCGUACGCCGGGAGGCACGAGGCACUGGCUAUUAGGCAUCACCGCAUCUACCAGUUGGGACAGGAGAUGCAGCAGCGUGCCCACCCUGAGGUGGUUGAGUAUGGCCGACGGGUGGCUCAGAUGGCUCGUCUGACACUGUUGCAGGCGAGAGAUGCUGAGAGGUUAGACCAUGAGCCUCAGUAUGUGGCUCCAGAGGCCUAA